AUGCUCCUCGCCGUCGCCCUCGUCGUCCUCGGCGCGCUCGCCGCCGAAGGCAUGAAGUCCGUCCCGCGAAGCGGCGACACGGAGGCGGCCUGGGUCGAGCGGUGGCGCAGCGGCGGCGCCGACCGAUGCCUCGUGGACAAGGACGAGCACCGGCCCCACUGCGCCUGGCUCGCCCUCGCGGGCCCCGUCGACGUGGGCUGCCGCUUCGAGGUCGCGUCGACGGGCCUCGCGGCCGGCGUCGCGAGUGCCGGCCCCGCGCUCCGCGUCGUCGCGGGGCGGCGGACGUCGCCGCGGACGUUCCACGCCGAGUGGGACCGCCACGCGCCCCUCGCCGCGCCGGCGCUCUGCUCCCACGGCCUCGACCGGGACGCGCCCCGGCGCGGGGGCGUCGUCGCCGUCGUCGCCGCGAGCUCGAUCCCUUACGUCUUCAAGGAGUGGGCGGCCCUCGUCAACAAGGUGGCCUAUUUCGGCGCCAUGGGCGUCGACUGGGCGCUCUGGAUCGGCGACCUCGACGACCGGCUGUCCGUGGAGGAGACGCCGACCUGCGCGGCGCGCGCGGACAACGUACCGGGUCUCCGAAAACACUGGGUCUCCGAAAGCAAAGGAUCGGUCUACGACGGCGACGCGUCGCGCGCGGUGUCGAACCACCUGAUCAAGAUCCUGGCCGUCUACGCCAUGUCGGACCGGCCGGGCGUCACCGGCGUCGCCUACGUGGACCUGGACGCCAUGGCGCAUCGGGAAGACAUCCUGAAGCUCUUGGACGGCGACCGCACGCCCCUCCACGGCGACCACGGCGCCGAGACGUUCCUGGGCGUCAUGCUGGGCACGACCCACCCGAAGGGCUUCCGCAUGCCCUUCUGGCAGACGUCGUCGAACAGGUUCUACGUGAAAGCGCGGGACCCGUACGCGGCGAAGCUCCUCGGGCUCUGGAUGGCGCACCGCUGCGGCUUCAAGGACCAACUCCCGCUGUGGCACGUCCUUCUAGCCGUCGCCGAGGAGGGGAGCGGCGGGAGCUGCCUCCGCGCGCACUACCACGGCAAGAUCUUCGAGUCGAUGACCUACGUGGCGGCGCACUCGUACCCAAAAGGGUUCUCCGCGCCCAGGGGCUACCGCGAGGACGCGGACGCCCUGCUCACGACCUGCGACGAGCUCGUCGCGAAAUGCCCGAAGCUGCGCCUCUGCGCCCACGAGGACGUCGUCUUCUCGCAUCUGCACCACCGAACGGUCCAAGGCGCCGCGCCGCCGCGGAAGUUCGCCUAUUUUGACUCCCACAACAUUUCCCACGUCAUCGCCGUGCCGGACUCCCUCUACGACCCCUUCAAGCUCCCGGACGGCUCGCUGGCGCCGCGGGGCGCGAUGCGGAACAACCGGGAAUUCGUCGAGUACUUCGGGCUGGACCUGAUCACGGCCGCCGCGCGCGCGGACGCGGACCGCGGCUGGAGCCUGGCCCAGCGGAGCGCCGCUGCGUUGGCGGCGCUCGCCGGCGCCGCCGGCCUCUGCGCCUGGCGAUGGUACCGCGAGGCGCGGCGGCUGCGGCGCCUCGUCGCCGCCGCGGCGCUGCCCCUGCGGCAGAUCGGCGUCGUGGAGUCGUGCUACCGCGACGUGCAGGGCACGCCGCGGCAGCCGCUGCUCGCGCCGACGGCGCGCGCGGUCUGCGUGCUGGACAAGGCCGUCGUGGAGGCGUGCGCGCUCGAGGGCCUCGACCGCCACAGCCACGUCUGGUUGCUCUUCGCCUUCCACGAGAACACGAACGGCCGCAAGCGGGCCGUCGCGGCCAAGGUGCGGCCGCCGCGCGGCCGCGGGCGGAAGGUCGGCUGCCUCGCGACGCGGACGCCGCACCGGCCGUCGGCGCUGGGCCUGUCGCUCGUCGCGCUCGAAUCCGUCGACGCGCGCGCGCGGCGCGUCGUCGUCCGCGGCGCCGACGUUUUGGACGGGAGCCCGCUCGUGGACAUCAAGCCGUUCUUGCCGUCGUACGACGCGCCGCCGGCCGGCGACGCCGUCCGGACGCCGCUCGCGGACUGGUACGGCGGCGAAACCGCGGCGCCCAGGGCCGUGCGCGGCGCCGCGGGGCGCCUCGACGCCGUCGCCGACGCGCUGACAUUGUUCGCGGGGGACCCUGCGGCCGCGACGCGCGCGCUCGUCGAGACGCUCGCCGUGGACGUGUCGCGGCCGCCGCGCGACAAGCCGUACCGCACGCGCUUCGACGGCGUCCUCGUGGAGUACGUCGUCGGGGACUCGCGCGUGGACGUGGUCGCCGCGACGCGCGCGGCGCCUCCGGCUCCGGCGGCGCCGGCGCCGGCGCCCGCGAUGCCGCCGUCGGCCUACGAGCCGCCCGUCGACGCGGCGACCUUCGCCCGGGUCCACCUGCGCGCGGCUUUCGCGCCGCUGCGGCUCGCGGGCGCGGCGCGCGAGUGGCCCGCGGCGGCCGCGUGGACCCUGGACGGCCUCGCGGACCGCUGCGGCGAGCGGCGCGUAUUGGUGCGGCAGCGCGUCACCUCCGCCGCGUACCGCCGGGGCGCCGCGUCGCCGGUCGAGCGCAUGCGCUUCCGCCGCUACGUCGACGAGCUCAGGGCCGGCCGCGUCGACGCGUACAUGGCCGCGGCGCGGCGCGGCGCGAGCGUGCGCCACUGCUUCCCCGCGCUCGCGGCGGACUUUGGCGCGCCGCGGCUGCUGCAGGGCUGCAGGGUCCACUCGGGGCCGUUCCUUUGGGUCGCGCCCAAAGGGCACGUCGAGUUCUGCCACCUGGACCCCGACGACGGCUGGCUCGCGGUCGUCUCGGGCCGGAAGCGGGUCGAGCUCUGGCCGCCGACGCUCCGCGAGGAGAUGGCGCCGAACGACCUCGGCGCCGACGGCCGCACGGUCCAGAGCUCCGCGCCCGGCCCGGAGCCGGCGGCGGUCUUCGAGCUCGGCGCCGGCGACGCGCUCUUCAUCCCGGCCUUUGCGUGGCACCGCGUGACGUCGACCGAGGAGUCGAUCUCGCUGAACUUCUUCUUCGGCGACGACGCGGGGUACGUCGCGAAGGUCCUCGACCGGCCGACGUUCCGGCUCUGGCUGCUCAACGUCCUCGAGCAGAACGCCGCGGGGCUGCCCCUGAUCCUGGACCACCUCGACGCCGCGGUGUCGCUCCUGCUGAAGCAGCAGUGGGCCGACGCGGCGACGCGGCGCGAGCUCGACGCGAUCCGCGCCUUCGUCUACGACCACCUCGAAGCGCACCGCCCGGGCGCCGUCGCGCCGGGCGACCGCGACGCGCGCGGCCGCGGCGACGCGGGCGCCGCGCCGCCGCCGGGCGCGCGCCUCAAGAUCCGCGGCCUCCGGAACCGCGGCGGCGUGGACUUCGUCGAGGACCGGGAGCGGGGGCAGUAA